AUGCCUACUUCUCACCUUCCCUCUGGUGCUUCUCCCUCUCAAAACCCCCAGUCUAUUCCUGGUAUGGUUCCCAUUCCCACUUCCGGUGCUCCUGCUGCUCUUUCCAAUCCCGUUCAAAAAGUCAUGACAUCAGAAAAUCAUCCUGCAUCGUUCCCCUCUACAUACCCAACAUACUAUCCUUCUGCGAUGCCACCCAAUACCAUGUCUCAUCCUGCUCAUAUACCCCGUGCUUCCUUACAUCCUAUGCUUUCCCAGCAACAUCAUCAACAUCAACAUCAGCACCAGCACCAGCACCAGCACCAACACCAACACCAACACCAACACCAACACCAACAACCUCAACAUCAACAUCAACACCAACUUCCUCCUCCGCCGACUCAACCUUCUUCUCAACCUCCUCAACAACAAUCUGCUCCUACUUCUAUCCAUCAAUCCUCCCCCUCCAUCCUUCCUCCAUCCCAACAUAAUCCUCAAGGUAUGCCCAUGCAUCCCUCCUAUCCUGACGCCAUGAUGCAUUUACAACACGUCGUUUCUUCUCAGCAGUACCGCCAGCUACCACCCGCCGUCCUUGCUGCUCCCCCAGAUCAACAAGCUUCUCAAAUGCAGCAGCGUCUAAUGCCUGUUCAACAAGUUCCUGUUGCUUCUCCUCAAUAUCUUCCUCAUUUCGCUCAGCAACAACAACGAUCCAUGCAUCCUCCCGCCGCUGCCACUCCUCCCAACCCCGCUGCUGCUGCCGCCACUUCCAAACCUUCCAUGUCCACAAUUGUUUCUCAAAACGGUACCUACUACUCCAUCCCUUCCGUUCCCCAUCCCGCCCAAAAUCCUUCCAUCGCUGGUGUCCCUACCCAAGCAGACUCUUCUGCCGUACCAAAUCCACCUACUUCCGCCCCCGCUCCUUCCGCCGUCCCUCCCACUCAUACCAUCAACCAAAUCGCCUCCAAUCCACCCAACCUUCCUUCUUCACUUCCCGUUCACGUCUCUGCUUCCCCCUCUGUCAACCCAAACUCUCAACCCCCUCCUUCCGUUCCCGUGGCCUCUCAUCCUCCCCCUCCCACAGCUACCCAAGCCAAUCUCGUCCCUCCCAAUGCACCGGAAUCCGUUCGGAAACUUAUGUCGCUCAACGAGGAGGCCUGGCUCCAAAUUGGUCAUCUUGCUGAGCUUUACGAUGACUCGGACAAAGCUCUUACCGCUUACGAGGCUGCUCUCCGUCAAAAUCCUUAUUCUAUUCCUGCUAUGCUUCAAGUCGCUACCCUUUUAAGGAAUCGCGAACAGUUCCUUCUUGCUAUUGAAUACUACCAAACUAUUCUCGAUCUUGAUCCUAAACAGGGUGAAAUUUGGAGCGCUUUGGGCCAUUGCUACUUGAUGCGUGAUGAUUUAUCUCGUGCCUACUCUGCUUAUCGUCAGGCUUUGUAUCAUUUGAAGGAUCCUAAAAAUCCAAAACUUUGGUAUGGUAUCGGAAUUCUGUACGACCGCUAUGGUUCUCACGAGCACGCCGAGGAAGCCUUCACGCAGUGUCUUCGCAUGGACCCGAAUUUCGAAAAGGUAAACGAAAUUUACUUCCGCCUGGGUAUCAUUUACAAGCAGCAACACAAGUUUGCUCAAUCUCUAGAGCUGUUUCGCUAUAUUUUGAACCAUCCUCCUAAGCCUCUGACUGUGUUGGAUAUUUAUUUCCAAAUCGGUCACGUUUACGAACAGCAAAAGGAGUAUAAACUUGCAAAGGAGGCGUACGAACGUGUAUUGGCCGAGACUCCCAAUCAUGCAAAAGUACUACAACAAUUGGGCUGGCUUUGCCAUCAGCAGUCUUCUUCUUUUACAAAUCAAGAUUUGGCCAUUCAGUAUCUUACCAAGUCUUUGGAGGCCGAUGACACUGAUGCCCAGUCUUGGUAUUUGAUCGGCCGUUGUUAUGUCGCCCAGCAAAAGUACAACAAAGCUUACGAGGCAUAUCAGCAAGCUGUUUACCGAGAUGGCAGAAACCCCACUUUCUGGUGCUCCAUUGGUGUAUUAUAUUACCAGAUAAACCAAUACCAGGAUGCCCUAGAUGCUUAUUCUCGUGCGAUCCGCUUAAAUCCCUAUAUAUCUGAAGUAUGGUACGAUUUGGGUACUUUGUAUGAGAGUUGCCAUAAUCAAAUUAGCGAUGCUUUGGAUGCAUAUCAGCGUGCCGCUGAGUUAGAUCCCGCCAAUCCUCACAUCCGUGCUAGACUGCAAUUGUUGCGUGGUUCGAGCACCGAUCAGCAUAAACUGGGUACUUCAGCAGCACCCCCUCCGGUUACAAAUCAGAAUCCUAAGUUUGUAGGACAACCUGGUUCUGUAUACCCCAGUGCACUCCCUGGUCCUGCACCUUCUUCUAAUUGGCAGGUACCCCAACUUCCAGCACAACCCCAGGCAAUGCCUCAACCCCCCACACAACCUUUCGUUCCCCAAGCUUACAGCAGUAAUGUUGCGCUUCCAAACGGCGUUCAAAAUCCAUACGCAGGUGUUAUACCGCAACCAUCCCCCGGAACUGUUCCUACAGUAGGAGCUGUCACUAAUCAACCAUCACCUACUCAUCAAACUGCUCAGCAACCUAACGCAGCUCCACCGGCAGUUCCCAAUGCUCUGCCUAACCGUAACAGGCCAUCCAUUAGUGGUGCUUCUGUAUCAAAAUCGCCGCAAAUCAAAAACUCGGAUCAGCCGACCUCUCAGCAUAGUUCUUUCUCGGCGAUUGUGGGACCACAAGAAAAAACUAGUUCUAUAUUGAACCGGCCUAAGGAAUUUAAGGGUGUAACUUCUAGUGUCGAACAGCGGGAACGACAUACCAGUUCACCAAAAGAUACGUCAAAGAAGGCUGAUGCUUAUACAGCUCCCCCGAAUGAGUCUCCAAGAAGCGCUACGACGGACUUGGAUCAAACUACGGGAGGUCAAGAGGUUAAACAAGAGACCUUGGUUGAAAAGAAUAACAAACGACAACUUCCGUCUGAUAAAACGAGAACCGAGGAAGCUUCUCCUGAACUUUCAUCCUCUGAUGAAAGUGUGAAAAGACAAAAAAUAGUUGCAGAUGAAUCACAGGAUAACGAUGAUAAAACAAAUAACGAAGUGUCUCCCAGGUCUAGCCCUGCUGAACCUGUUAAACCUUCGGAACGUACUGAACCUGCUGAACCUAUUGCUGAAGCUGAGGCUAAUCAACAACAGGAAAGUCGUGCUAGUUCAGAAGAACCGAGUCAGAGUGUUGGAAGUCCUGAUUCUGAGCCAAAAGACAAAUCACGGAGCCCGAAGCAAACAGCUCGUACUUUAGAUGUUGACGAGGAUUACGAUGGUGAAGAGGAGGCCGACUAA